CGUCCGCACAGAAGAAUGAUCAUCAUUAUUCAUCAGCGAUAUGCGAAUCAUGUCGGCGGCACGAACAUAGAGUCAUCGCGGGAGACUUUCGGCAAGGCUCGACAGUCACAGACUCUGCGUGGAGAAGGCCACGCCAGCCGUUUAAUGACUGCCGCCAGCGAAGUUCGUGAAGUAUCCCAUAUCGACGAACAAACCUUCGGAGGACAGCACUGGCUUCGCUCCUGCUUCCGAGAUUCAACCCGUAGACUCCCCAUCAAGUUCAUGGUCUCGCACUACCAAAGCCCUAGCUCUGCUGCUAACUCUCCUCGUGCUCCUUUCUGUGCCAGUGUCAAGCAACCUCAGCGCAACUGACUAUGCUGUGCUAAGUCAUGCGAUGUGUCCGCAGUCAGCUGCCCUGUUUCCGGAUAAGCACGUGGCGCUCUGGCAGAGCUUGCAGUCGACAUUCAAAAACGAUGCGUUCUUGCACGAAACUGUGAGCCUGCUCUCCGGGGCCGUACAGAUUCCGACGCAGACAUUUGAUGACAUGGG